AGGGAGCUCUGAAGGUGGCGCUGAAGGUGGCGCUGAAGGUGGCGCUGAAGGUGGCGCUGCCUUCCAUCAUGCGGCACCGGCGUGUAAGGCAACAUGUCCAGGAUGAUGGGGGAACUUUCCCAUGCAAAUUCUUCGCACAGACAAGAAGAACCACUGGCAAGCAUGACGCACACCAAGCGACUCACCUCUCCCUGCUAAACCCGGUUAAGGAAUUCCAUUCAGAAAUAUUACAAUUAUGGCAGUGAAGAUGGACUCCUGAAUAAAUACAGUUUCUGUGUAUGUCAGUAAUUAUUCUGAUAGUGUUUGUUUUCAAGAACGCGUAAAGUGAACCUGUAAACAAUCUGUAGAGAAGUGAGUUCAGGUAAUUCGGUAAAAGUCUCUCAUGUCUGAGGGAAGGAAUUCAAAGACAGACUAAACCUUUCAGUAGUGUUAUAUUUGUAUGUAAAUCGGAGAUGGUGUGUGAAGGCUACCAGAUCCAUUUCGAGCUUCUGCUGGAGACGAUAAACAACACAUUGGUGCCCAUACUGCGUCCCAUCAUAAGCCCAUGCCCGGUGGAUCCAUGGCCCAUAGUCGCCGGCUCCUUCCUUUCCCUUAUCUUUCUUAUUGCAUUCAUCCUGAACCUGAUGGUUGUGGUAACAGUGUGUACCAGCUACACUCUCAAGAGGUUCCUCUAUUGCCACCUCCUCAUCAACCUCUCCCUCGCCUGUAUGAUCGACUGUUUCCUCAACCUCAGUGUUUCCAUAGGCUACGUCUUCACUGCUCCCUGGAGGUUUGGCUACGGUGUAAGUCACUUCAAUAGUUUUACAAUGAAUAUGAUGAAUAGCGAGAUGGCUUUCUCGGUAAUUUUAUUGGCGUUCGAUAGACUAGCUGCAGCCAAAAAAUACACCGUGUACCUCAACGCUGAGAAGUCCAAGCUGGGUGUAGUAAUAUUUACAACAUGGGUGGUGUCAUUUCUAAUGGCGUCCCCCUUGGUAUGUGGCUACAUCCACAGCAUGCCAUACAGGAACAGGUACUCAUGUUCCAUAGCCGACCCCUAUGACGACUAUUACCUCAUAGUUCCGCUGGUGGUGGUGGUGUGUGCCCCGACUAUCAUUAUGGUAGUGCUAGUCUGCAUCACCUCAGUAAUAUUCCAUCGUGAACGUAAAAAUCAAAAGAGACUUAAAAAUAACCAAACAGUAGGUUAUUUUGACCAAAUUCUAAUGACUCCUUACUUUAAGAACGAAUUCUAUCCUGCUGUGUUUGCCAACUGCACGGUGAUAUUGUAUUUAGUGUUCUGGCUGCCGUUCACUGCACUUAAUAUUAUCAACCCCAUGAUAACUAAACACUGGGCCAAUGAAACAACCAACGACACAAGCAACAAAGACUUCAAAGUGUUCUCGGGCUGGGGGGCGACUAAUUUUACAAUGACCAAGGCUAUGCUUGACGAAACUACCCUUAGAGCCAUCAAUAAAACCAACACCAGCGCUUCCCACAUCUCCACUGACAUGUCCAACAUUACUGUGGACCAUAGCUUCAUUCCCGAAGUAACAGACACUCCUGUGUUUGAUACCGUAGCUGUGUGGUUUCGAUACAUUUUCAUCGUUCUAGUGCCAAUUUUAGUGUUUGUUAUUUUAAGUGAAGUGAGGGCCAAGUGUGAAGCUCUCAUCAUGUGCUGCAGACCCAACUCCGUCGACGUGGCUUCGCCCAAACCCACACGUCCAUACAUCAGUCGUGUGCCGAGCACGAAAACUGCAAACAAGAACGGCAAGUCGCAGAAGAAACAGAAAAGCGGCAAAAACACCAUUAAUUUCAAGACGCCCAUCCUGUUCUCUACUUCUGAAGGACUGCAUAUCCGCACAGUGGAAGAUACUUACUUGAAUAUGAAAGAUAAUAAACCAUUGUUGGGAUUCAGCAGAGAAAACAAUGACAAUCCCAAAUUUGUGUACAGUCUUUGUGACGUUAUGCUUGGUUAUGAGGAGCUCAUGGACUUCGACGGCCUGUAUCAUAUAGAUGAUAAUUUUGACUUUGAACAAGAACCAGUAGUUAUUAACAUGGCAAUUGGUAACGCCGUAGUUAUGGGGGCACAACGUGCGGCUGUAGAGAAAAAGAUUCAGUUACCUGAAGAAAACGAGCCCGUUGUCAACACGGCCAUUGAAGUUGAAUACCGACCACCGACUCCACCCAAAGUUCCCGAUGAAGACUCAGCUGAAAACGUCAGUGAUGCCGUGGACGUCGAAGUGGCGAACAAGCAGAAAAAAGGGAAGAAGGUGGUAAGAUUUGCGACAAUGCUGAACGAAGUGAUUCCCCCAAGGCCCAACUCAGCUGAGAGUUCACCUGUCAAUUCUUCUGCGAGCACCACUCGAUCCAAUGACUCUGGAAUCGUGGCUGACGCCGAACGACACUCACCCCAGCAAGCCGACGUUAACAAAAAGCCAACCGUGGCUGCUAAACCCAACAAACCGCAAGUUGCCCCAAAGCACACAGAAAGAACUCCAGUCAAGACCACUACGAGCCGGAGACCGGCUGUGACUUCGAGCCGGAAACCGGCCGUGACUUCCAAAAAGCCGACUCCAUCCCCAGUCAAGCCUCCAGGCGUUAAAACACCCAAGAAGGCUGUGCCAUCUAAUGUUCGCAACAUUAAGAGUCGUCACAUCAACGUGUUGCCUACUUCCCCGACAACACCCAGAAGGUUCUCCAAACUCAACAGUGGUGACCAACAUGCUAGUGCUGAGAGUCACGUCUCCAGACAUUCAAGUACACUUGACAAGUGGCGUACACUUGACAAGUGGCGUACACUUGACAAGUGGCGUACACUUGACAAGUGGCGUACACUUGACAAGUGGCGUACACUUGACAAGUGGCGUACACUUGACAAGUGGCGUACAUUUGACAAGUGGCGUACACUUGACAAGUGGCGUACACUUGACAAGUGGCGUUACACUUGA